CCUUGCGACGCGUCUCCCGCACCCGCACCCGGAACCGACCAUGCACCUCAUUACGCACGAGUCGUGCCAUUCCCUCUUUCUGCUCUGCAUCCUCUUGAGGAGUUGCCAGACUUUCAAGAACGACGCCACGGAGCUCCUGUUCUCUCACACCAGCGUCCCGGUGCCGGAGGUUCAGAGCAACGUGUCCCUGAACCGCGCGCGGACCGGCGGCAGGGGGGCGAGCGGCGCGGCGCACGAGCGGAGCGAUCGAAGUCAGAUUGGCUGCAGAGAGCUGAGGUCCACUAAGUACAUCUCCGAUGGCCACUGCACCAGCAUCAACCCCAUCAAGGAGCUGGUGUGCGCGGGCGAGUGCCUCCCGGCUCAGAUGCUGGAGAACUGGAUCGGUGGAGUCCACGGCAGGAAGUUCUGGGGCCGCCGGAGCAGCAACCAGGACUGGAGGUGUGUCAACGACAAGACCCGCACCCAGCGCAUCCAGCUGCAGUGCCAGGACGGCAGCACGAGAACCUACAAGAUCACCGUGGUCACCUCCUGCAAGUGCAAGAGAUACACCAGGCAGCACAACGAGUCGGGCAUCAAGUUCGAGGAGCCAGUGGUGUCCCCCCCACAGCUCCUGCACAAGCAUAAAUCCAAGAGCAAGAGGAGGCUGGGGAAGAACCGGCUGAGCGAGAACUGGCACGAGACGGAGCCCUGAAAGGAAGUGGAGAAGCAGACUGACCCCGAAGCUUCAGGGGGUUUUUUUCUUCUGGCUGCAUGUUGUGGAUUAUCUCUGUGCAACUGGGAGCUGGUUCCUCAUAUUUAAGGAGAACUCCAAAGGGCAUGCUGGGAACUUUUCUUGAGCGGUUACUGUGAACGGGACAUAGAUGUGACAGACGUCAUGAGUUUUCUGGAGCCACACACCAGAAGAAAUGAACCCAUCGACAUGCCCUAUUACACUCCACGGUAUAUGCAGAAGGAGAUCUGUAGCUAAUGAGGCAACGCAGACCAGUCACCUAAACCAAAAAAUCUUCAAGAAAACCCUGUAAAUACUUGUACAUAUAUCAAAUUCUCACUUGCUUUUGUGAAGUAUGGCCAUGUGUAUAAAAUUUUACUAUGUAAGAUUUAUAUUGUAAUAUAUUUUCUGUGGCCACUGAUCUCCUGAGGGGGUGUCAGCAUGUAAAGCCUUGUCAUCAAUCGAUCUUGUAUAAACAUUGUAUGAAAUAAAUAUCAC